GCAGCGGCUGGGGCGAACCGCUCUUGUCGCCUCUCGGGACAGGAGCGGCGGGGCCCGCGCCUCCUCCCCCCCGGCGCCGCGGAGGGGGGAGGAGGAAGAUGGAGACCCACAUCUCGUGCUUGUUCCCCGAGCUGCUGGCCAUGAUCUUCGGCUACCUGGACGUCCGGGAUAAGGGGCGCGCGGCGCAGGUGUGCACGGCCUGGCGGGACGCCGCCUACCACAAGUCGGUGUGGCGGGGGGUGGAGGCCAAGCUGCACCUGCGCCGGGCCAACCCGUCGCUGUUCCCCAGCCUGCAGGCCCGGGGUAUCCGCCGUGUGCAGAUCCUGAGCCUCCGCCGCAGCCUCAGCUACGUGAUCCAGGGCAUGGCCAACAUCGAGAGUCUCAACCUAAGCGGCUGCUACAACCUCACUGACAACGGGCUGGGCCACGCGUUUGUGCAGGAGAUCGGCUCCCUGCGUGCCCUCAACCUGAGCCUCUGCAAGCAGAUCACCGACAGCAGCCUGGGCCGCAUAGCCCAGUACCUCAAGGGCUUGGAGGUGCUGGAGCUGGGGGGUUGCAGCAACAUCACCAACACCGGCCUUCUGCUCAUCGCCUGGGGCCUGCAGCGCCUCAAGAGCCUUAAUCUCCGCAGCUGCCGCCACCUCUCGGACGUGGGCAUCGGGCACCUGGCCGGCAUGACGCGCAGCGCGGCCGAGGGCUGCCUGGGCCUGGAGCAGCUCACGCUGCAGGACUGCCAGAAGCUCACCGACCUUUCUCUAAAGCACAUCUCCCGGGGGCUGACGGGCCUGAGGCUCCUCAACCUCAGCUUCUGCGGGGGCAUCUCGGACGCGGGCCUCCUGCACCUGUCGCACAUGGGCAGCCUCCGCAGCCUUAACCUGCGCUCCUGCGAUAACAUCAGCGACACGGGCAUCAUGCAUCUGGCCAUGGGCAGCCUGCGCCUCUCAGGGCUGGAUGUGUCCUUCUGUGACAAGGUGGGGGACCAGAGCCUGGCUUACAUAGCCCAGGGCCUGGACGGCCUCAAGUCCCUGUCCCUCUGCUCCUGCCACAUCAGCGAUGAUGGCAUCAACCGCAUGGUGCGGCAGAUGCACGGGCUGCGCACGCUCAACAUCGGACAGUGUGUGCGCAUCACAGACAAGGGCCUAGAGCUGAUCGCGGAGCACCUGAGCCAGCUCACCGGCAUAGACCUGUAUGGCUGUACCCGGAUCACCAAGCGCGGCCUGGAGCGCAUCACGCAGCUGCCCUGCCUCAAGGUACUCAACCUGGGACUCUGGCAGAUGACGGACAGUGAGAAGGUCAGGUGAGGGCGGAGGCACCUGCUCCCCCGUCCCGCCCUGUUUAUCCUCGGGUCACCACCACGCCCCCGCCCCCCUCACUCGACAUGCACACUUACACAGAGAUCAUUGCAGCGGAUGAGAUGGGGGCAGGGACACGAAGCCUCAGGCUCAUUUUCUCCGGCACCUCGGCCCACUACACGCCCAUUCCCAUUGCAUCUGGGGUUCCUCUGCUACCCCUACCUUCCUCCCCUCUUGUUUCCCCUGACGAUGAAGGGACGGAUUCAGCUACUUACCCACCCACUCCUCUCUGCAGGGGGAUGGAGGACUGUUUGAGCUACUGUAUCCCCACUGCUUUGCAUUUGGAAACGGGGGAGGGGGUGGGGAGUGACUAGUCCUUAAGACCCUGGGGAGUUGAGGAAAAUGUCUGCCUUCACUUAAGCUUUCAUUUGAAUACUGUGAUCUGGUUUUUAUUUUGAAAUGUAUAAAGAGCAAACCCAACUACCACGGCCUUUUCACCCUUCUUCCUUCCACUUUGUAACUAAUCCCAGGCUCUUCUCAUCACUUCUACAGUACUCUGCUAUUCACGCUCAUUUCCUUUUGUCUUUCUUUUUCGUGUUUUUGUUUUUUGAAGAAAUUUGAAAUCACGGUCCUUUUUUUUCU